AUGGUGUGGCAACUCCCCGUCAUGUUUGGCGGUAACCGCCUCCAGGGCAGGACCCUCACCGCCGCCAUCGCCUUCGUCAGCGGCGUCGGCUUCUUGCUCUUUGGAUACGACCAAGGCGUAAUGAGCGGGCUCUUGACGGAGCCCGAGAUGGCUCGGCAGUUUCCUCGGAUCGCGCAGGCGGGUGAUAUCGGCAACGAGGAUUCGGCCAUCCAGGGCGUCGUCGUGGCCAUCUACGAGAUUGGCGCGCUGCUCGGUUCCCUGUUUGUCCUGUGGAAGGGCGACGCUCUCGGCCGACGCUUCUCCAUCUUCCUCGGCUCCAUCAUCAUGACCGUCGGCGCCGUCAUCAUGACUUGCUCGUACAGUCUCGGACAGUUCACCGCCGGCCGCAUCAUCACGGGCAUCGGCAACGGCAUGAACACCUCGACCAUUCCCAUGUGGCAGUCGGAGCUCUCCAAGGCGCACAACCGUGGUCUGCUCGUCCUCAUCGAGGGCGCCCUGAUCGCCGGCGGUAUCAUGAUCAGCUACUGGGUCGACUACGGCUUCUACCAGAUCAAGGACAACAGCGUCCAGUGGCGCUUCCCGAUCGCGUUCCAGGCCUUCUUCGCCAUCAUCCUCUUCUUUGGCAUCCUCUGGCUGCCCGAGUCGCCGCGAUGGCUGAUCAAGAAGGGCCACAAGGCCGAAGCGGCCCAGGUCCUCGCCAACCUCGACAGCACCACCGUCGACGACCCGCAGGUCGCCAUUGUGGUCAAGCAGCUCGAGGACUCGAUCGUCGCAUCCGAGGAGCUCAUGGGCGAGUUUUCGUACAAGGAGCUCCUCACCAACGGCCCCGAGCAGAACCUCUACCGCACCAUCAUCGCCUUCACCGCCCAGGCCUUCCAGCAGCUCUCGGGAAUCAACCUGAUCACCUACUACGCCACCACCGUCUUCAAGUCGAUCCAGAACGACGACACCACCGCCCGUCUGCUCGCGGCGGGCAACGGCACCGAGUACUUUGUCGCCUCCAUCUUCGCCCUCUUCAUGAUCGACACCCUCGGCCGCCGCUUCCUCAUGAUGAGCACCGCGUUCAUGAUGUCCGUGUCGAUGGCCAUCCUCGCCGGCACCGUCUACGUCGUCAACCAGCCCCACGAAGGCACUCCCGCCGAGGCCUACGUUGCCGCCUUCUUCCUCUACUUCUUCAACACCAUGUUCGCUUUCGGCUGGCUCGGAAUGACCUGGCUCUACCCGCCCGAGAUCACGCCGAUCCGCAUUCGCGCCCCUGCUUCGGCCAUCGCCACUUCGUCCAACUGGCUCUUCAACUUCCUCAUCGUCAUGAUCACGCCUCCAUCGUUCGCCAACAUCGGCUACCAGACCUACAUCAUCUUCGCCGUCCUCAACAUGAGCUUCAUCCCCGCCAUCUACUGCUUUGCACCUGAGAGCAAGCAGCGCGGCCUCGAGGAGCUGGACCUGAUCUUUGCCCAGGCCCACGAAGAGGGCUUCUGGAAGGCAUCGAAGUUCAUGACGACGGCGUGCCAUCUCUCCUUGACCAAGAAGUACCUCACCUCCGAGGAGCUGGACGCCGAGCUUGCGUUGCGUUUCGGAUCCAACCGACCAGACCAGAAGGUCACCGGCCUCACCGAGGGCGAGCAGGAGAAGGCCGCGCUGGAGAAGGACAAGAACGAGAGGAGCGGCGGCGUCACGCCCGAGGGCAACGACACGGAGCGGGCAAGCACGCACACGGGAUCGUCCUGA